GCAAAGAUGGCCAGAAGCAGGGCAUCGUGGAGCAGCUUUCUGUUACCAGGUCCCUGUGACACAGCAUGCUAGAUAACAGUUCAUUGACCAACCAUCCUGGUUGACCAAGACCAAAGGAUUCCCCAGCAUGUAGAAAUGUUAGCAUUAGAAUUAUUCACCUGACCUAAACCAGGCAAACACACACACACACACACACACACACACACACACACACACACACACACACACACCACACACACACACACACAGACUCAGAAAGAUACAUGGCAAGCUAUAGACUGCUAGACUGGCCAGGAGUCAGCCAUGCCAUGCACAGCCACAGCCACAGCCACAGCCGAGGAUUCACCAAUCUUACCAAUCUUUUCAAGAAGCUCAGGGUCAAAGCUGGGUAACAAAUUGGAAGAGCCUUGGCUUCCCCAGCAAGGAGAUUCCACAUGGGUGAACAGUCCCUGAGGAUACGACAGAAGGGAUGCAAUACUUGUCGAAAGGCAUAUGCAGACACUCUGUCUUUGAGGUGCUUCAACUUGGAUACAUAGCUCGGUCAAAUCUUAAGGUGUUUUAGAUCCUGAAACCUCUGGCUUGUGUCAUGCUGCCCCUCUCCUUCCACAACUUGUUUUCUGCAAGUUUCUCUCCGUUCAAAGCUUAUUUUAUACAUUGGAAACUAAGUGAACUGAAUGGGGAUCUCCUGUUUAUUCUCAUUCUUUGGGGAAGACAGGGAAUAGAAAUCAUUUACUUCAUCUGUCUGGAGAAGCUAAAGUUGAGAAAGGGUUGAUACCUCAUCCGAGGCUUCAUCCUGAGUGGGGACAGGAAGAUGCUCGCCUUUGUGGCUCUGCUGAGGGGACCACGCUAUGCGUUUUCCUCAUGUGAUGUUCAGUCUAUCCAUCUUGAAAAGCAAGGCAGAAAGCAUGGGAGGAGGCAAGUCCUGCCCUACCACAAUAGGUGUGGACACCAUUCUUGGGUAUUCAGGGCCUUCAGGCUGGCUGUCCAGCUGUCACGUCAGAGAACAAGGAAGGCGUCCUCUUCCAGGGCCACAGGACCUCUGACUGCAAAUCCACCUGAGCCACACUUCUCAGCCACAUUGCCUUGCUGAUCCCAGCAAUGCCCAGUCCAAUGAACAGUGAUGUCAUAUUGUUUGGGUUGGGAUCAUUCCUGAACCAUGAAACAGUUAAGAAAUAUCCUGCCCCACUGGCUGCCAGGCUCAUAAAGGUGGACCCACGUGUACUUCCUUCUUGUUCCAAGACGCACAAGCUCAUGCAUUUGCUCACACCCAGAGGGAGAGACAGCAGAGGACUGCCACCUCCCAUGCAAAUCACCCCCAGGAGCGCAGCUGGGCUCCUCCCGCUGCUCCUGGGCAAUGCUCCUGGGCAGACCUUGUACAAGAUGCCAUCUAGGGCGCUGUGUAUUUUUCCUCAUUGUGGCUCUUUUGACCGACGCUGUGGGCCUGAUCCUUUUGUUGCUGGGGAUCUUUGCCACACUAAACUACUGGGACUUCUUGGUCUACACAGGGGCUCUGAUCCUGGCCCUGAGCCUACUGUUCUGGCUUGCCUGGUAUUCCAUCAAUAUCGAGGUGCCUCUUGAGACGCUGGACUUUUAGUGUGGCCAUGGACAGGAGAGAUGCAGGUGGUAUAUGCAGCUGUGAACUUGGGGCCACCUGGACAUGAAGCCCCCCUCCCCCCACUGAAUGCCCCACUGGGACCAGCCCAGGUCUGUCUAACGCAGAAGAACCAAAUCAAGACGGGCUCUCUCUGCAGCACAUCCCUGAGUGCAUCCGGGAGGGACCCAGACGCUGCAAUGAUGAAGCUUUCACAUCACCCACAGGGACAGCCACAAACGAC